AUGUCGCCAAAGGAAAAAUCAACUGUUCUUGUGGAAGAAGCUUCGGCCAACUCCGAGUCCGUGAGGAAGGAUGCUUCUAGAGUUAGUGUGGACUCUUAUGAGGAGGAGGAAGAAGACUUCUCAGACAUUGACGAGAAGAAGUUGCUCAGAAAGCUCGACCUUCGCCUCAUUCCUCUCUUCACAGUCUUGUACUUGCUCAGUUUCUUGGACAGAGGCAAUAUUGGAAAUGCUAAGAUUGAAGGACUUCCAGAAGAUUUAGGUCUCACUGGCAACCAAUUCAACAUGGCAUUGUUGAUUUUCUUCGUCUUCUAUGCUGUCUUGGAGAUGCCCUCCAAUAUGAUCUUGCACCGUGUCAAGCCCAACAUCUAUAUUCCCACAACGAUGGUUAUUUGGUCGAUUGUCAUGACAUUGAUGGGGACUGUCACUAACUACGACCAGCUCUUGGCUACCAGAGCCCUUUUGGGAAUUUUUGAAGCUCCUCUUUUCCCGGGUAUUUCUUAUCUUUUGUCGAUGUACUACCUGAAGAAAGAGAUUCUUGUUAGACAAGCUGUGUUUUUCAGUGCUGCUAGUUUAGCAGGUGCUUUCUCGGGUCUUUUGGCCGCCGCUAUCGCUCAGAUGAGAGGCAUUGGUGGGUACAAUGGCUGGAGAUGGAUCUUCAUUCUUGAAGGCUUGCUCACAUUUGUUGUGGGAGUUUACUCCUUCACCUGCUUUCCAUCUUAUCCAAAAGAUUGUAAGUUCAUGACAGAGAAGGAACGCAGAUUUAUUAUUCACAAGGUCAAACACUCUACCAAUGUCAUCAAGAAGGAGACUGAUGGAGACGAUGUUCCUCAAGUGGUCAGAGCAGAGGACGACUCCCGUGAUAGAAGGUACCUCUGGGCUAUGGUAAAGGACUGGCAAGUGUGGCUUCAACUCUUGGCCUUGUACGGUGUGAAUGUUCCGCUUUAUGCUGUCUCUCUCUUUGGUCCCACCAUUAUCCACAGUUUGGGUUACAGCACCACAGAAUCUCAGCUUUUGGGAGUUCCUCCAUUUGUUCUCGCCACAGGCAUGUGUGUGCUUCAAUCAUGGCUUUCGGGCAGAACGGGCUAUAGAGCUCCUUUCUUGAUCUUCGAUUGUUUGUGCAUUUGCGUUGGGUUUGCCAUUUGCUUAGGUGUUGAUGCAGUUAAAACUCCCGGUGCCGUUUAUGGAGGUAUGUACUUUAUUUCCUUUGGAUGUGCCGCCUACCCUCUCGUGGUUAUCUGGCUAUCUAACAACUUAUCGGGAUCAUACAAGAGAGCCUUGGGCAUGGGCACACAUAUCGGACUUGGAAAUCUUAGUGGAGUUUUUGCUGCCAACUUUUACAGAAAUCAAGAUGCUCCACAAUUCAAACUAGGCCAUGCUUUGGGCUGUGCUUUUGCUGGAAUGGGGUUGCUCGUUGCCAUAGUGAUCGCUGCUUGCUACAUUUCUGUCAACAAGAAGAGGAAGCAAGAGAUUGCCGAAGGAAAAUGGGAUCAUGUGAGUGAGGAAGAGCUCAUGAAGAUGGGUGACAAGAGCCCGUACUUCAUCUAUCGGUUGUAG